AUGUCGAUGGUGACGCCGGUGGCGAUCCCCGUGGAGGGGAAGAAGGGCGAGAAGAAGGCGGCCAAGUGGCUGGGGCACUACUCGUCCGCGCAGAGCAUCCUGGUCGUCGGCGACGGCGACUUCUCCUUCUCGCUGGCGCUCGCCACCGCCUUUGGCUCUGGGGAGAAACUCGUCGCCACGUCCUUCGACUCCUACGUUCAUCUGGUCAGCAUGUACAGCAAAGCGGAAUCAAACGUAGCGGAGCUCAAGAGUCUGGGCGCCACGGUGCUACAUAGUGUCAGUGUGAAGAAGAUGAAGAAACGCACCGAUCUCAUGUCUAGACGGUUUGACCGAAUAGUCUUCAAUUUUCCCCACGCCGGGUUCAUAGGGAAGGAGAAUCAGGUGCAUAUGAUCAACGCCCAUCGGCUGCUGGUGCAAAGGUUCUUCCGCAACGUGAGCAAGAUGCUCCGUCCCCUCGGCGAGAUACACGUCAGCCACAAGACGGGGCAGCCAUACGACAGAUGGGAGAUCGAGGGUCUCGCCCUCGAGUUUUCGCUUCUCAAGUUUGAGAUGGUCGCCUUCCGUAAAGAGGAUUACCCCGGGUAUAACCAGAAGAGAGGCGACGGUGACAGGUGCGACGAGGAAUUCCCUCUACGCAACGGCUGCACUUUCAAGUUCCAGCGCUGGCCUCGCUGA